AUGCCCAGAGAUGAUCCGAUUCUUGAGGAGGAAAGAAAAGCCACAAGUGCUUACGAUUUGGUGAGAAUGCGAUUGAAUAGAUUGGAACAGAACAUUGUAAGUAAAACAGUUUUUAGGAACUUUUUUUCGCAAUUUUGUGGAUUUAAGCAUAAGCCAGCACCGAUUCCUACCAGAAAAGAGCAAUUACGACCUCCAAAGCCUCCUCCAGAAUUUGUUCGAAACGUCGUUGGUUCAUCAGCUGCAGCUGGUAGCGCUGAAUUUCACAUCUACAGGUUUUUUGUUGAAGAAUGUCUUUUUUAAAUUUUAUACCAGAAAUAACCGACGGAAAGAGCAAAAUCGUCUGGAUUAUAUUGCGGCUGUGGCAAAAAAGGAGGAUCUAGAUGACGAGUUCAAGUAAGAAAUUUUUUCGUUUUUUAAAUUUUUGUUUCUUUAAGAAGGCAGAAAGAAAAAAUCGAGCGGGAAGAAGAGGAGAAAACGGCGAAACGAAGAGCAAAACGACAAAAGAGAAAGUCGAAAAGAGCGAAGAAAGCCAAAAAAGAAAGCAGUAGCGAAGAGGAAUCCGAUGAAGAUGAAGACGAAGAAGAAGAGGAAUCUGAAGCUGUUUCCGUAGAGAAACUUGAAAAAGACGCUGACAGCGAUGCCGAGCCGGAGAAAGCAGAAGAGGAUCAAUGA